AUGUUUUACGAAGCCUAUCUUGCUCUUCUUUUGGUUCAUUUUGAAAAAUAUCAACUUUUCGAUGCCUAUAUUUGUCUUUCAAAUACUCAAGAUGAAAAUAUGCGAAAUCAUUUGUCUCAACUAUGGAUAGACUCAUUGGAAACAUCAUUGGAAAAUAUCGAUGUAACAACAAUGCAUCUUGAUGUUAUCGAUAUUCCGUUCAUUGUCGGUAUUCGAUUGCCUUGCGCAGCAGUCGAAUUUGAAAAUAUUCGAACUAUUCGAAAGAAAUUUCAGGACAUGCAAGAGAAUGAUACUGAAUUUUCAUCUGAUGAUUACGAUUCUCGUCUUGAUCAAAUACAUACUUCGAAUAUCUAUUAUAACAAAAUUUUACAACUUAUUUUUACCGAUCAACAAUGGUUUCAAUUGUAUUUUCAUGAUCAAAUAACAAUGCAUUUAGCUGAAGUUAAGAUUCAACUAUCGACUGAUUUUGUUUAUGAUUUAUUAACAAGUAAUCCAACACGCACAAUUAAACAACACAAACGGUUAUUUCUUGUUGAACAUGUUGAAUUAACCGAAAUUCUUCGUCUAUUUGAAAUUAGUUUACAAUUGAUUAGUGAAGAAAUAAUUCGAAAUGUUAUCCAUAAACAAUCGAUCGAAAUUCCACCUUGUAAACUUCAAUCUUCAGAAUACUAUACACUUGUCUUAGUCAAUAGUAAACAAUUCUAUCAACUGCCACCGAAAAGUACAAAUCUUGAAGAACAAGAAAUAUUCGAAUGUCAAGGUGAUCCAAUGAUUGAAACAAGUCUUAUGAAUUUAAUUGAACUUAUUCUUUCACCAUCGGUUAUUCAACAAGCAAAAAAUAUUCAACAAGUAACAACAGCUUACAGUUUAAUUGCACAAGGUAUUCGCAAUUUAAAUUCAUAUGAAGUUAAUAAUUUGGAAAAACUUCGUUCAUUUCUAAGUCUUAUUCGUUGUCUCACUACUCUACUUUCUCACAAAGCUCUUGAUGUUCUCAAAGAUGUUUGUGAGAGUGAUUUUCAAGGUAAAUUUGAUUCAUGUUCAAGUAUUCAUUAUUUUAUUACCCAAUUACAAGAACGUAUUAAAGUAGAAAAAUCAGAUACUGAUGAAAAUACUAUUCAUAGAGCAUUAGUUAAACUUGAGCUUGACUUCUUGAAGGAUUGGUUAGCUGAUAAUGCCGAUUCAUAUGGUGAAAUUUUAACACUUAUGGAUGAUCAAAAUAAUGAUCUUUGGUUUUAUUCAGCAAAAGUCUUUACAAUUAUUGAUAAUAGACUUGAUUUAACAUCAACAUUGAGAGAAAAUCAUGGUGUUCUUCCAUCGAAUGAUGAAUUCGAACAAUUAAAUCGAUCUCUCGAAAUGAUAAAUAGUUCUAAACGUAAAAUUGAACGAUUGAUGGCCAAUCGACUUCAUAUGCAUUUGAUGUUGGGCGUUCAAGGAAACGAAAUCGAUCAACAACUUACCGAUGAAUAUGAUUAUUUUGUCGAAAAUUUUCGUGAAAUUCAAAGUGGUAAAAUGCUUAGUCCUGCUCAAAGGAUUUCAUUAAUUGCAUGGCUAAAAUAUUAUGCACAAAUGUAUGCAUUGGCAUUGUAUAAUGAGAGUCAAGAAGAUGUUUUACCUCGUAUUGAUCAAUUUUUAACCAAUACAGAUACGCCAUUUUCUUCAACAGUAAAGCUUUUUAUUAUCAAACAAAUGUUACAAAUAUCGAAAUCAAGUCUUGAAGAGCUACGUGAUAUUUAUGUAAAUCGUAAUAUUCUUUGGGUUAAACCAAUUUUUCAAGGUUCACGUGAUCAACAAGCGAAAAUUACUCGUCCAACUCUCAUUGUACCCAUACCUCUCUUUCAAUGUCGAGAACAAUUCGAACGAAUUCGAAAAACACUCAACAACAUAGAUAGAAAUAAUGAAUUACGAAAGAUAAUUCAAGAAUGUAACAAUACACAAAAAUUAUCCUAUGCUUUUUUGUGUUGGUUUAUUGAAUAUUACUCUCGUUUUUCUCAACCAAAUACCGAUAUAGACGCUGAAUUUGUUCGAACAAUUCAAAAUGAUUUCGCUCAAGAUUUGAUCAAAUCAUUUACACCAUUAGGUCUUCAAUUUCUCAUUGAUUUAUGUUCGAAUUUUUCGGAGAAAUCUUAUUUUCGACUUGAUUCUACAAUUCCACCAGAUGAUAUUCAUAAGCGUUUACUUGCUUUAAAUAUCGUUGCUAUUUUUAUUUCUUCCAAAUCGUAUUCAAAAUCUACACUUCUCAGUAAUAUACUCUUCGAUAAUCAACGACAGAUGCCAACUAGUUAUGUUCAACAUCUCUCGAACAUCUGCUUGCCAGGUUUGACGAUCAGCAAUAUGAUUAUCAGUCAAAUGAUGUAUGUUCGCACUCGAGUUCAAGAGCGUCUUAAUCAAGGUGCAUAUACUGUCGAAUAUGGAAAAUUUAUUUACCAAUGCUCAGAAGAAUGUCCAUGGAUGUUCUUUUUCGAAGAGUGUGGUGCUCCAGUUGGUAGAAGUAUAUGUUCUUUAUGUCAGAAAGAUAUUGGCGCUCAGAGUUAUGAUAAUCUUAUCGUACGUGAUCCACCUCAACUUCGAAUACCCAUUCCUGAAGGAUUUAAAAAGAUUGAUAAUUAUAUUAAUCAAGAAAAUCAAACAGUUCGUCUCGGAUAUCACACUGUCAAGAAUACAAAUGAGAGUAGUUUAGCUGACAAACCAGAUCAUUUAAAUCGACCAGUUUCAUAUCGUUUUAUUCAUUUUCUUAUUCAUGGUCUUCUUCACUUUUUAUCCGAUCGAAAUUAUUUGACCGAUAAUGAUUUAAAGCAACGUCUCAAGUUACCGACAAAUACUCAUUUUCGUGAUCAUUACGAAAAAGAUUAUCAACUUCUUGGUAAAGUUACAAUUGAUCCUCUACAAUGCUACAUAUGGCUUUAUAAACUUCUAAAUCAUCUUGUUGAUGAUGAAUUCAAUAAAGAAGGACAAUUAAAUACGAAUAGCAAUGCUAUACGAAUUGAACAACUCAUCGAACAAAAACUUAUUUUUAAACAUAUAGAUUCCAUUGAUAAUGAAAUAACUGAAUAUAAAAAGGCUCAUGCUGAGUUAAUCCAAAAACAACAAUCAUUAGAAAGUUUUAUUGAUGAACUUUUCGAAAAUGAACAACGUUAUCCAUAUUUGAAUUUUUUUAAUAUUACUACAUUUCAUACAUCGAAUCCACUAGUUGAAUUUACUUUGAAAUUGGAAAAUUUGCCUUUUGCCGAAAGAACCUAUCCAGUUAGUACAUAUCUUCUUCAACGUUUAAAUGAUUAUACAAAUAUUCAACAUCUCUAUUCGAUUGUUGCCUUCAGCAAUUAUUUAAUUGAAAAAUUAAAUUAUCGAAUUAAACGUAUUGAUGCUGUUCAAACAAAAAUGAUUCAUUAUUUGACACAAGAUAAUGAUCGCGAUAUAACAAAACCACUGUUCGAGAAAUUUCUCGAGGCUUGGUAUGCAUUGACAUUCAAAGAAGUUCGCUACGGAUGUCAAAAACUUAAAUUUGAACACGCUGUUCCCAGAGAAAAAUUUGCCGAGAAUACAAGUAUUGCUAUGCUAUUAUUGACUUCAUCUAGAGACGAUAGUAUUCUUCUACCAGCAUGUUUGAAAACAAUAGCCGAAUUACAAAAUGAGCUUGUCAAUUAUUUUCAAAAUACUAUUGAAACAACAACAACAAUAGAAACUAAAGGAAAAUGUGUGCUACAAUCGAUUCGACCCGAACAUAUUUUUUCUCUUAAUCGAAAUGAUUUCAGUCGAAAAUUGAUUAAUGAUAGUCUUGUGCUCAAUUAUCAAUAUGGAAAAAGUAAAGAUAUUAUUUAUGAUUACGAAGAAAUUGAAAUUACACUUCGAAAUAUGAUCAGUAAACUAGUUCUAAUUGAUACGGAAAAAUUAAAUUUUCUGACAUAUCAAUUUGAAUUGUAUGGUGAAAAUACAUCAUUAAUUAAUGAAGUACGUGCCCGGGUCAAACCACAACAACAAUUAACAAAUGAUGAUCGAACAAAAUUGAAAGGUCUAAUUAUUACCAUGAGUCCUGAUGAUAUUCUUCAUUUUCUUGGCUCGCUUGAUAAUAUUUUUACUUAUAUACGAACAAUUGCUGAAGAAAAAUUGAGAGAAGAUAUGACAAUUCAAGUAUUUAUUGAACGAUUUAUUCGUUCGAAAUCUCGCCUAAAUGAUAAUGUUCUUCGUUGGCCACAAUUUUCUGCAAUUCAAUUACCAUAUAUAAUUGAUUUCUAUGAAAUGUUUGAAGAAAUUGCAUUUGAUAAAGUUUUACGUACGUAUAUGAAGAAAGAACUUGUUGAAGAAACAUUUCCUGAAGAAGAACGAAAACGAGUUCUUGAAACAUUCUCUCGUUCAACAUUUGAAAAAGAAAAGAUUGGUGAAACACUCAAAUCAAUUGAUUCUUGGAUUUCAAUGCUCAAACGAUUGAUAGUACGAGUGUUGAAUGCAAAUGCAAGCCUCGAUAUACCAAUUCAGUAUUAUCUGGAACGAACAGAUUUAUGGAGUGAUCGUAUUAAUUUCGAUGAUUUGACAACGUUUGAAGUCGAUGAUGAUAUUUUAUUGCAACAUACUUAUGUCAUUCUAACUGGUUUGGAAAAUAAACAAAAAGCAGCCAAUCGAUCGUCACAACAAUCGGCUAAACUAACAGCUCACAGUGUGGCAGGACAACGACAAAAAGUUGACACAUGGUUUGGUCAAAAUACCAAAGCAACAACUAGUACUAAAGAGAUUAGUGGUAAAAAGACACCUGGAAAGAAGGCUCGUUCAUAA